GUUCAGCUUUCCCCAGAAGAGACAGCUGACUGCACAGGACAUAGCUGUUUACUUCCCAGACCAUGAUGAAGUCAAUUCAGCUUUGCAUCUUAUUCUGGUGUUGGAGAGCAAUCUGCUGCCAUGGCUGUGAAUUGACCAACAUCACCAUCUCAGUAGAGAAGGAAGAGUGCCGUUUCUGCAUAAGCAUCAAUACCACUUGGUGUGCGGGCUACUGCUACACUAGGGAUCUGGUGUAUAAGGACCCAGCUAGACCCAAUACCCAGAAAGUUUGUACCUUCAAGGAGCUGGUAUAUGAGACCAUAAGAUUGCCUGGCUGUGCCCGCCACUCAGACUCCCUCUACACAUAUCCAGUAGCCACUGAAUGUCACUGUGGCAAGUGUGACAGCGACACCACUGACUGCACCGUGAGGGGCCUAGGACCCAGCUACUGCUCCUUCAGUGAAAUGAAGGAAUAAACAACGAUGGACAUUGCCAUUCGCCCACCCUUGUCUUGAAGGACCAUGAUAUUCAAAAUGUCUCUGUCUGCUCAGUGCUGGGACUGCAAACCACUGGCUUGGGGACCAUCAGACCCACUGUUGUCCGAUGUCCUGACAGAUAGGGAGAAGGGAACUCAGGACUAGGAGUGCCAGGGCCAGGACUCUACACCACUCAUCCCUCCAUCCAUACUGUUGGUUAUCUAAGUCAUUCACUCAUAGCUCUCAGCUUGGUGUGGGGGGGCUUUCCUGUUCAACUAUCUUAAGAACCUUCUAGAUCAAUCCCUUCCUUUUAGACAGAGGCAUGCAUGAGUCUAGAGGGAGAAGAAGGAAAGUGGAAAUCUGCGAAAGAGCUAAAACUAGCACAAUUGUCUGCCUUUUAGAGCCAUCAGACUUUAGAGACUCCAGCAUGACUGCAAACUUAAGGCCUAAAGUCUGCAUGGAAUUCAAUGAGAAACUCAAUGGCUUCCUUAAGAAAAAGAAAGGUGAGAUAAAUCCAAGAAAUGCUGAUGAAGCUGGCUGAGGAAAGCUGGCCCCCACAAGGUUAGGCUGCUCAACUCCUCUGAAGCGCACAGAGUAUUGAGACAGGAUCAAACAUCUAUGGAUUGUUCCAGGUAGACAGGACAGGAGGUAGUAACCAAGCUCAGAAUUUCCCAAGGCAUUGCCACCAAGUUUUUUAGUUAAAGGAAAAAAAUUAAUUUGGAACUGUGAAUAUUAGUCCACAUUUAUUCAUUACUUUAAGAAAUGAUCAAAUGCUGUUAGAAUUCUUCAAAACUCCCUGAUCUCACCAGCUUUCCCUCGCAUGCAGUGAGAGAAGGUUUUGAAGUGAGUUUCAAAGAAAUUUCAGUGAUUAAUUAAAUACAUUUAGCUUGCCUACAAACACACCUGUAUAAAUUAAUGGUUAUAUAAAAUGAACCAUGAAGGGAGAAUUUCUGUUUUCUCGGACCCCCUACUUCUCUUUUGCCUAUCUAUGUUCUCCUAAAGCUUUUGUUCCUUUCAAAUACAUCAUGAGUUGAAUUCUUUUAAAGAUGUUAACCCUUUUCAUCAUGUACUUAUUUCACAGUUAUGAUGCUUAAUUAAUUUAUUUAAAUCUUAUUUUUUUAAUAAAAAUGCUACUAAUGAAA